AUGGACUGCACCUGCAACUGCUUUGGCGUGGCCACCGCGGCGCGCGUGCCCGUCAAGCGGUACAACCUGCUGGUGCCGGACGUGUUCCCGGUGGUGGAGCCGCCCUUUGACAAGCCGCUGGGCAUCACCAUUGAGCGCAAGAUCAAGAAGCUGGCCGAGUACCUGGACAAGAACGAGUUCAGGGCGCCCAAGGUGUCUCGCCGCCUGCAGCGGCGCCUGCACAAGGAGCUGGGUGCUGGGCACUACGGCUACGUCAAGCUGGCGGCGGAGACGUACGCCUACCUGCUGGUCCACAACAAGCCCGAGAAGAGCAACCUGCUGGCCAACGAGCUGGUGGUGCGCACCGUGCAAACCUCCGACUACGUGCCCCAGCUGGAGGCGUUUGUGCCGCUGCUGUGCGACAACGCCAGCCCGCGCGUGGCCGCCGGCGCCGAGGCGGCCUCCGCGGCGGCGGCCGCCGCCAGCGACGCCGCGGCGGGCGCCGUCGCCGCGAUCGCCGCCGACCACUGGGCCGCGCUGCGCGCGGGCUGCCUGCGCGCGCUGCUGGAGCACCUGCGCUUCUGCGCCCGCCUCUCCUACGUCUCCUACCACCUGCUCGCCAUCACCUACGCCGUGCUGGACUGCGUGGAGGCGUCGGGCCGCGGCGCGCCCCAGGUGCGCGCAGCCCCGACCGGCUACUAA